UCUCCUCCGUUCCCUCAGGUUGUUCGUCGGUCGGUAAAACCUCUGAUAAGAGUUUUAAUAAUGGCGUGGCCUCGGCGGGGGGCUGCCGCUCUCUGCCCGAGUCCAGCACCAUAAAAAACCGUGUAGAACAUCAUUUCGGAGCUUACAGGCGGUUUGAAAAGUCACUUAACCGCGUCACAACGAUGCCGGACGGAGUAAAUCUCCGCUGAAAAGUGAGUGAAACUACCGGAGCGUCUCUGGAGAAGCGCGGAGACAUGUCGCUGCUGUGUGUCAGAGUGAAAAAAGCCAAGCUCCAGGGCCCCCCAGACAAGUACAACACCUACGUGACGCUAAAGGUCCAGAAUGUCAAAAGCACAACCAUCACGGUGCGGGGCGACCAGCCCUGCUGGGAGCAAGAUUUCAUGUUCGAGAUCAACCGGCUGGACCUUGGCCUCAUCGUGGAGGUGUGGAACAAAGGCCUCAUCUGGGACACCAUGGUGGGGACGGCUUGGAUUCCCCUGAAGGGCAUCCAGCAGUCAGAGGAGGAGGGCUUGGGCAACUGGAUCUUUCUGGACUCGGAGGUGCUGAUGAAGGCGGAUGAGAUAUACGGCACCAAGAACCCGACGCCCCACCGCGUCCUGCUGGACGCGCGCUUCGAGCUGCCCUUUGACAUCCCAGAUGACGAGGCCCAAUACUGGACAGGCAAGCUGGAGCGCAUCAAUACCAUGAGCAUCCACGAUGAGUACCCUCUUCAGGACGACGUCCAGAGUCGCCCGCUGCCCCUUGCGGCCUCCCAGUGCUGCAACUAUUUCGGAUGGGCUGAGCCACUGACUCUGGAUGACCAGGACAGCGCCGUGGACGACCGGGACAGCGACUACCGCAGUGAGACGAGUCUGCCCCCACGCUACCACACAACAGCUCAGCCCAACUCCUCCAUGCACCAGUAUCCCAUGGGGCCACGGCAGCAGCAGCAGCAGCAGCACCGUCUGGACUCCUGCACAGACUCGCUCCACAGUUUUGACCUGGACUACAGGGACCAGAGGGGACCCAGAUCAUUGAACCAGAAAGGAAGGGUGCAAAUUAUACCUGUAGAUUCUGGCAUGGGCGUUGAAGAUUGGGAAAAAAAAUACAAAGGGCUUGGUAAGCCCCAGCUGAGUGACUUCCUGGAUGAUCGGGAAGACGACAUUAUCCUUCGAAUGGGGAGACACCAGCCCGAGCCAUCACAUAUCUCAAGCAGUGGUGUUCAGCCCUCCAGCUACCCUGAGGGCUAUGACACUAUUGAUCGGCAGCGAAAGAAAAAGAUAAGAGACCCAGGGGGGUUGCUCUGUAGAGAGGGAGACAAAAUGAGGCAAGAGGCUGCUCCUUCUGACCUUGCACUCCUCCGUGAGAAGAGGGGGGAGCUGUUUAUGCGGCAGGUUGUUGAGAUGCAGGAGAAGGAGGAGCGUAUGACCCCAGGCCUUAGGCCAAACCAAAAUGCGCUUCUCCACAAGACAAGGAUGUGGGCGAAAAACGAGCUGGACCACACUUUGCAGAAUUAUGUGGCAUACAAAAAAGAGCAAGACUCUCAAAGGAGGGGAAGGUUUGAUUUUGAUUUAGAAAACCACGAGGAUCUGCACUACCCCUUUGGAGCAGAGGAGGACAUUGAGGACGUUGCCUUCUUAAUGGAAGAUUUUCACCCAGAUAGUGCAAGGCAUUACAAAGACAGGUCUUCUUACUACGGUCACAUAGAGAAUUGUCAGGGCCCGCGUAAGUGUGGCAAAGCUAAACUUGGAGGAUGGGCUCCAGAGCCAAUGCUCUCUCCUGUAGAAGAACCAAGUGAUGAAUAUGUAGACCCAAUGGAUGAGCUUCAGUGUCUGGUUGAAACCGUUUCGGAAUACCUUGCUGAAAAAGAGGAGGAGAUUAGCAGGUAUGGUUCCCUUCCUAAGUCAAGCAAAUCAAGGCUAUCAUCUCUGGGUAGCUAUAAAACCGAUUCAUUGGGAGAGGACCAAAACAGUUCAUCAAACAAUCCUCCAGGAGACACCCAACCGCGCACCCCUCCUGAUCCGGGUAUUUCUGGAGUAAAAAGUGCCAUGAGCUCAUUAUUUAGUUCUCUCACUGACCGAGUGGGAGUAGGAUCUAAACAGCCAGUCCUGUCUCCACAAGCACCAUCUGCUCAACCUUCCAGCCAAUCUGGACUAACAAAUUUGUUCUCCUUUAUUCCUAAAUCAAAUAGCUCAGCUCCCGUAGCUGUUGUCUCUCCAGUAGAAAAUUCUCAUGACAAAUCAAUCAGUUUCUUGCCUACUCAACCACCACAUGAAGCCAAGACGCAAGGUCAAGAAACAAAAGAUCAAACAUGGAUUGAGACUCAAACAAGUAUAAAAGAACAACAGACGUUUGAAACAAGACCUCAAAGUACUCCAAUUAACUCAGUCUUGGGGAAAUUGAAUCCUUUAACGCUUUUUUCAGCAGGGGAUAAUGACAACUCCGCUAAACAGGGACCAGAGUCUGCAUAUUUUCAAGGCCAUACACAAUGGAAUGAGAAACGUGCUUGCCAGGCAGUGACAGAAGAAGGAAAAAGAAAAUCCGAAAAAAUAACAAGUACAUCGCAAAAGAAAUAUUUGGGGCAAAAACACGAUCAAAAUUUGUAUGGUAGAGAAAAUCCGACGAUUUACGGAAAAGGAAAUGUGCCUAUUCCAACCAGAUUAUCUGGCCAAACGCAAUCAGCGAACACUGGAUUCUUUAGCCCUUUCAAGAAGACAUUUGGUUCAUUGAUCACAUCUGCUGCCCCAUUUCCACCUCAGGGAGCUCCUCCUGUGGCAGUGUAUCCAGUUUUUAGAUCCGCAGAGGGUCUCCGAGUAGAUAAAACAGUGGACGAGCCAUCAUUGAGCAGUAAGAUCAACCGUCCUUUCCUCUCCUCUGAAAAUGUCCCCACUCAGGAGCGUCCCAAAUCAGAGGGCGGAAUGCUGUCAGGUUUUCUAAAGUUUACAUCCAAUGAAGAUGUUAGGGCCUCCAUAAACGCACAGAAUCCUGCGCGAUCGCAUCAAGAUUCAACUUCAGCAACAACCACCACAUUGACACUCAAUCCUGGUGUGACCCAGGAAAACACUGAGAAAGGAUGGUUUUCCAGCCUAUUUAAUCCUACUUCUGCUCCCUCUGUUUCGCACCAGCAAAUUCAGAACAGCAAAGUGUCAUCUGUCGCACACAGACAAAACAUAUCAAUUCAGCAACCAAUAGCAGACCCCCAUGGGAUGCAGCAUCAAGCACCCAGUCAGCCUGAAUCCAAUUUUUUGACAGGCCUUUUCAAAGGGAGCUCAGGUGAGGACAUCUCUCACAUGGGCUCUAAUCAACCCAAACAAGGACUAUCUGGACUUCUUAAAUGUGGCAAUUUGCCACAGCAGGCUUCCCCCAACAAUCAAGCACCCAGGAGCAGUAGUUCCUCCCAAUUUCCAAAUCAACCUCCCCCACAACAAAGUUAUUCUGUACCACGGAUGGGGGGUCUUGUCUCCGGGUUAUUGAAGUUUACAUCCACAGAAAAUAUGCCACAAAAUGUACAGCCUGGUGAAGCUGAAAAGCGGGGGAACAUCCCUGGAAAUAAUUAUUGUCAGCAGCAGAUUUCAGAUGAAACCCAGCAAACGCCAUCCCUGCAAAAGGGCUUGUUGUCUGGCUUGCUAAAAUUUGCAUCUUCUGAGAAUGUUUCAACCAGCCAAACAGUUCACCAUCAACAAAGCAAUGCUCAACACAAUCAACAGGGUUACGGCCAACAGAAUACCCAAGUGCCAAACCAGGGAGAUCCUUUCAGGAAUAAAGCAUCAGGUCAGCAAGUUGGCCAACAUGAGACCAAUAAACCAGGCUUUGCUCAACAACAAACGGUUCCACUCCAACAAAUGCCAUCGCAACAAAGUGGGAUUUUAUCUGGUCUUUUUAAAUUUGCUUCAGCAGACGACAUAAAUGCACAACAGCAGCCAUCUGCUCAACAGCACGGAAUUCUGCCAAGUAGAUCCAGCUAUGAGCAAUCAAGAGCAAGGACUGUCCCAAUUUCUCACCAAAAUAUACCACAAAAUAGCUCAACACAAACUACUCAUGCAAGUGGUCUUCUUUCUGGACUUUCUAAAUCUUCCCGGGAAAAUACAGCUCAACAGCAACAGCCCCAAAUUAUCCAUGUAACCCAACGACAUAAUAAUGUGCCAAGCAGUCAGGCCACUGCAGCACAAGUGGAACCAGCAGGUCAAUCUGGAGUGCUCUCUGGGUUGUUUAACAAGUUAACCAAAUCCUCUGAAAACGUCCACACAACCUGCAAAACAAGUGUAGGACAAUCUUUGCGUCAGGAAGCCAAUAAUUACGCAGUUAUAGUAAAGACCCCACUACAAACCAAAUUUCCCACUAAUGUAACACAACAAUCCUCACAUGAACAUGCAGAGAAAGAGAAGAGGAGUCCACGAGCUGCCCAACAAGGGUUCUUAUCUGGCCUGUUUAACAAACAUGUUACCGAGGACCCUUGUACCCAUAAACAAGUAGAAACAAGUCAGAUUACACAGCAAGAGAUGCCCUUAAAUUCAGGCUUAUUAAAUUUUAGUGGUCCCUCAGACUUUGGAGGAGACAGCUGUACAAGAGUUGUUCGAGAUUCUCUUAAUCCAAGACAGAGCAGACAUGCUUUCAUCAAUGCCCCUCUCUCAGUAGAUACUGAGGGUCUAGACUUAAGAACAUCUGCUACCUUUGCAAGAGCUCUUCAAAGUCAGGAACCAUACUCCUCAAUUAGCACAGGUAAUUUAUCUCAGUUAUAUUAUUCCAACUCCCUUCAAUCAGUACACCCAUUAGCUUAUAGUACUGGAAAUAUCCAUUCCCUUUUACAGAGCCCUACUCCUUCCUCAGCAAUGGCCAUGCCGCCAUACAUUUGGGGAAGCACGUCCUCCUUGUAUGGAGCAACGCAGCAUAAUCCUUACCAAGGUCAGUUGUCCCCUUAUGGAAAAAGUCCCUCAUAUGAUGAAAACCAGUGGAUCCGUGAAAGUGCUCUCUGGCAGUCUUUACAGAGUGAGUCACAGAAAUAUCAAUUCCAGGGAGAAAAUCAAGUUUACAGACACAGCUGUGAAGGUGGCUCAUUAGCGACAUCUGCUCUUCCCUACAGCUCCUCAACUACAUAUCCGCCAUUUGACUCCUCCAUCCCAAUGCAAGGUGUCAUUUGCCAAGAGCAAAUUCCACAAUAUAAGUUUGAGCGACACAUUAAUGACGAUCCCAGGAAGAGAUUAUGGAACAGCCACGAAGAGUUGGGAAACCUAGAAUAUUCACCGAAUAAGGAGGGCGCAUUGAAUUUAACUAAUGAACAAAGUAAUGCACGGUUUGGGAAAUGGCACUCGUUUAAUGAUGGCAGCACUUACAGCUUGAAUGGGGUUUCAUAUCACGAAGGUUAUUACGAGGAGACUGCACCAAGCUUAUCUUUUUCAGCAAACUGGCCAUACGGAAUGGAUAAUGCAGUCCUACAAAAUGUUCAUUCUGAUGGUAUGCUCCAUCAAAGUCAGUUUAAUUGGAACAGACCAAUAGAUUCAAGCUAUCGUCCAAAAACUCAGACCGAAGACUCGUAUCUCGAAGACACUGAAUGGUAUCAGCAGUGGCUCGCACUUUUGGAGCAAGGAAUGUGGUGGCCAGCAGAAGAUGGAGACUGUGGCUACUUUGUUUACACAGAUCAUGAGUACAUUUAUGCCUUGCUUACAGAUGCAGCAGGUGAAUAUGUGUAUGCAUGUGCCCCUGAAAGUGAGUGUUGGGGAAAUGCACAGAAAUUAGAUGGUUGUCCAAGUGCUUGGCUACAAAGUGAAAUGGUUUUAGUAUGUGGCUUUAAAAUUGCACUUUACAAUGAGGAUGAGCUUCUUUGGCUCCCUGGUGAGGAGCACAGCGGUUCUCAACUUCUUAAUGCACCCUUAGAUUUGUCUGCAGCUUAUAGAAAAGGAAAUCAGAUCAUGAAUUUAAAUCUUGAGCAGUUCUCUGAAAUGUUUGAAAAUUCAUUUCAGUCACAAGGUCAACCAUGUGUAGAUUUCACAUCUUACAGAUUAAACAAAGUCAGGAUGGAUCCCAGACUUCCCAGUUACAUCUAUGAAGACCAAUGCACAGAUGUUAUUGACCUUUCCUGUCAUAAUAAAGACCCCAUUGGACCAUGUUGGAACAACCAGGAAAUGAAGACAUUUCUUGCUCAAAAGGUUGCAGUUACCCUGAACUCUACUCCAACUGCAAAUUCAGAUCAGCAGCUACUUCACAACUGUUACAACCCUUGCCAACGGCGACGGUCAUCCACUGGGGUUACAGUGAAGCAUGUAGAUGAUGUAUCCGAGAAGGAAUGGAGAGAUAGGGUGUUUCCAGGAGAGGAACAACCCAAUCGUCAAGUUAACAAGAUUUCUUCCCUCAUAUCUUCUUUUGUGGGAAAAACAUCACAGGCAGAGUUCAACAAAACUAGUAUAGCCUCAAGUGAAAAAGCCCCUGACAAAAAUGCAAAGAACAUUCUUACGUCAGGUUUCCAAAGUGUGAAGUCAAAAAUAAUCAACGAGGAAUCUCCAGCUGACGCAACUCAGCCAGCUACCACACAGAGAAAAAUUUUACCCACAGUAUAUGCGACUGCUCAAGCGAAUCAGCCGUCAAUUCAAUCACAUACAGCUUCACAAAAACCUAAGCUUUUGCGUCAGACUACCUUGGUACAUCAAGCAACCCCACAAACACAGCCAAUUGUCACAGUGCCUUCAGAAUCAGAAGAAUAUCUUUUUAAACCUGGACAACUUACAGCUGGUAAGCCAGUGGAAAUACCAGUUGAUAAACCAUCUGAACAACAACCAGGCUUCAUGAACUUUCUGAAAUCUGCAGUGGGAAUAGAAGAACCUGUACUAGAUUCACAGAAAUUACCUCACAUUUCAUCAAAUGAACAGAGCAAAACUGGCAUUACAGUUUCCUCACCAGUCAGUGCUCCUACAAAUAAAGAGGCAACAGGAGUGUCAAAUCUCUUUGGAUCAAUUAGCAGCCUGUUUACCACAGAGCCCUCUCCACCCCAGAAACUGCAAAUGAAACCUAGUGUUACAGAGGGCUCACUGAAAUUGGCAUCUAGGCCCAAAAGUAUACAGAGACAACAAACCACAGACCAAAGUGGUAUGUAUCAGCCCGUGCAGCGCCAACCCCCAAACAAAAGUCAAUCCCAAUCAUUUACCAUGGGUUCUUCCACAGGCCCUACUACAACCCGAUCAGACACUAUGCCAUCUAUAGAACAGAAAAAACAAGAAGGAGGAACUAAACCAUCUGGGGGACUGUUUGGAUUUUCUAUUGGAGACAUGCUUGCCGGAUCAACAGCAGCCACUCAAUCUGGACCCACAACUCAAUCAGUUUCAUCAUCUACAGCUCCACAAGAAGAAUCCCUUGGUAAAAGUAUAUUAUCAAUUUUUAGUGGGCCAAAUCCUACACAGGCUGCACCUAAAACUGGGUCCUCGCCUCAAGCACAUCCACCAAAUGCAGCUCCACAACCUCCUCAGCAGGAAUCGCUCGGUAAAAGUUUAUUAUCUAUGUUUGGAGGAUCCAGUCCUCCUCAUCCUGCCCCUCAAACCAAUUCUGCUGCUGAUGAACAACAACAGGGAACUGCUCCUCCAAAAGACUCUCCUAAUACUGGGUUCCUUUCCAUGUUUGGUGGUCCGAGUAACCAACAGCAAGCCCAAACAGGAUCUCUUCUAGGGGGGAUCCUUCCAGGAUCGUCAGGUUCAACUGAAAUCCCAAAAAAGGGACUGUUUUCAAUGUUUAGUGAUCCCAGUCCUCCACAACCUCAGCCACCAACAUCGUCAAAUCAACAAAGAGUACCCCAGUCAAAAACUCAACCUCAAGGGGAACCUCAGACACAAUCUAAACCACAAGCACAAGGGCAGCUACCCACCUCUGUUAUUGGGGGCAUAUUGGGUGGUUUGUCUACCUCUAGUGAAAGUCCAAGAAAAACAAUAUUUUCUAUCUUUAGUGGCCCCAGUACUCCUCAAACACCAGAAACUAGUGGAAGUUCAAAUGUGUCUACUCCUCCAGUAACUGCAGCACCAAAAGAACCUACAAAGAUUAUAAGCUCUGUAUGUAAUGAUGUUGUGUCACCUCCACAACAAACUCCUUCUUCAACACCCUUUGUUGUUACUGAUACUAAUGAGCCACGAUCAGCACAAUGUUCUGCCCAAAUGCCAUCCGUUUCCAGUAGCCAUGUCCCAGUGACAGCAGCUGGCAGUGAAAUAGUAAGUGACGUGAUUGUUAGCUCACCCACUACUACAGAUUCUAUACAAGAUUCUAAACUUAAAGACACUGAUAUUGUAUGUAUGGAGCCAAACUUUGAAUAUGACACUAUGGAAAAACAAACCGGCAUGGACGGUGCAACCAAAGACCCUGCUUUUACUAAAGAACCACCAGCUUCUGGCCUUAUGUCUAUGAUAAGUGGGUCAAGCCCACAGAAUCCAUCCUCAAAUACAGCAUUCCUUUUAGAUGGUUCAGGUGAAGGUUUAAUUUCAUUAUUUUCUGGCCCCAGCACGAAACCUAGUGCUGGCCAGACAGGUCCUUCACCUAUAGGGUCUGACUGUGUAUCUUCAGACCCCAAGGACCCACCAGCCACAGGUUUGUUCUCUCUGUUCGGAGGUUCUGUCGCUCAAUCCUCUCCGCAACCUGGAAGUUCUUUAUUGGGGGCAGUGUUUGGAGGCUCUUCAACCCAAACAACAGCUUCUCAAUCAGGUGGGUCGUUAUUAGGCAGUUUUUUUGGAGGGUCUGUUCCUCAGGCGGCUCCCCAAGCUGCUCCCAAUAAGCUUGGAGUAUCUGCUCUUCCGACAGCAGGUUCACAGUCUGGGGCAUCCCUACUUGCAGGCUUUUUUGGUGGAUCUGCUCCUCAGGCGGCUGGAUCUCAAACGACACGGCCUAUUUUGGGUGGGAUUUUUGGAGGAUCAGCAGCUUCAACAACAACGCCUCAGACUAGUGGGUCCUUUGGUGGAUUGUUUGGAAGGACUGAUAACCAAACUUCUGCACCCCCAAAGAGCAGCUGUUUUUUGGAAGGACCAUCUUCUCAAAUAGCUACAGCGCAGACUGGUACAUCUCUUCUGGGGGGAAUUUUACCUGGAGCUUCAGCUCCCCAUGAGAUACUUGAUAAAAGAUUGCAUUCUGUUGAAGUAUCUGACCCUCCCCCAACCCCCACUACAGCAGCCACACCAAUAUCAAAUGAUGACACAACUUCACAUGCAACUGUUCUACCAAAACCCAGUGAUGACAGUAAAACUAGUCCAGCUCUGACUCGUCCUGACAUGUGUGUAAUUGAUACCAAAAGCAAAGAGCAGACGGUAACACUACAACAACCUGAUGAUAAAGUCCAGUCUCUUGAAACAAGCCUAGCCCAAACUGGCUGCAAUGUCAUAGAAAAAAUGAAUUGCCAAGAUGCUGACAAGCCAACUACCUUAGCUAAAGAUAUUCCGUUCCAAGAACAAGCAAAACAACUUGCAGGACAAGAAUUUGUGAGUGGCCCGUCACAUCAAGAUAAAAUAACUCCUACAGUAGAUGAGGGAAAAUCAGCCACUCAACCACCAAGUACUGUUGUACAGGGACAACAAAAUCCUCCAGAGCCAGAUAAUUAUAUUGGUGACUCAGCAGCAGAUGCAGUUACAGGCUUUAUGUCAUCCAUUUUCAAACCAACUGGUCCUGAUACUGAAGGUCCUCAGCAACAGCAAAAGAGCUCACUUUUUGGACUUGGAGGAAUUUCACCUCAAGCAGGUACUGUUCCGAGUGGAGCGUCCCUAUUGGGAGGUAUUUUUGGAGGGUCCAACACAGACACAGCAGCUCCUCAGACCGGGGGAUCAUUAUUGGGAGGUUUAUUCAAGGGGUCUGGUUCUCAGUCUGGAGCUCAAACCACUGCCCCCAACGCUGGAGGAUCAUUAUUAGGCGGGAUGUUUGGAGGAGGAUCCACUGCCAAGUCCGCGGGUCCCCAGGCUGGUGGAUCGGUACUGGGUGGGAUGUUUGGAGGAUCUGCGGCAACAUCCCAGCCUGGCGGUUCAAUACUUGGAGGAAUGUUUGGAGGAGUCAGUGCUCAGACUGCAGGAUCACAGACUGGAGCAUCAAUACUUGGGGGCAUAGGUGGAUCUUUAUUUGGGGGUAUGGGACAAACACCCAACAAGCCAUCUGAACAAAUGCCAGCUAAGCCCAAGCUAUUGCCAGGAACUACACCCCAGUCACAGAUUAAGAACGAAAGUGUACCACCAAAAGGGGCACUAUGUGACUCUGAGACUAGCAUAAAUAACAUAGUGGACACAACCAUACCAGAUAAUUAUCAAUUAUCUACAGAAAAAAGCCCUACAAGUGAACUCACCCAUCAAGUGGAAAAAACGGAAGAAAAAACACCUGCUUAUGAGGCAGAAACGAUACAUGAGAAGCCCAUGGUCAUUAAAAGAGAUCUUCAGAGUAAAGAAAGUGGCACAUCAGUGCCACCUGAUACUAAGGAAGCAAUUACUAAUAUAGCAUCUCCAGUAUAUCAGUUGCCCAACGCAGAGGCACCUCAAGCUAAGUCUCUUUUUGGUUUUAUAUCAACACAGAGUGAUGCAGGGAAGUCUCUUGGAUCCCUAUUUUCCCCAACAAUGUCAUCGGGAGGUCCAUCAGUGCCUCAAACAGACGGAGUAAGUGGUCUGUUUUCAGGAUUAAAAACCUUUUCUGGAGGCCUAUUUCAAGAUGAGAGACCUGUUGUUGGAAAACAAGAGCCAGCCACCACUUCAAUAUUUGGAUCAAAACUAAGUUUUCCUUGGCAGGCAGAGCCCCCCAAGCAACAAGCUGUGCCAGUUGUAACAUCUCAACCUAAAACUAACAACAAGCCUCCAAAUGCUCAAACACUUACUGUACAAAAGAUUCCAACAUCCGAUGCCCAAAGAAAUGAAUCGGUAGGUUCCACCGAUGAUAUAGCAAACCCCCAGAUUUGCGUCUCCGCUCCUGAAGUAGAUUCUUCAGCAUCCCUGACCCCAAAGGAGAAGGAAGGGCUUGUAGAAACAUACCCGUCUGCAGGUCCUACCUCAGGAGUGCAGCUGGACAGCCAGUCCAAGAAGGAUCUAUUGAAUGCAAAAAGUCCAGUGGAAAGUAGUCGCUUUGGAUCAUCUGGAAACCUGAGCCAGACCAGCUCCCAGCUUAGUGAGACUGGGCAGGAGAGCACUGGAGGGUCCGAAGUGGAGGAGUCAUUCCACGCCUACCACAGCACCAGCUUUCAUCCCUCCACCAAUGGGCAACCACCCACCAAUGGACAUUCUACUGUCGGUGAGCGGCAGAAGCAUGGGCUGGCCCCUGAAGUAGGACGGGGCCUGCUAAAGGACCCACCAGCAGAGCGGGGCUCCUCCAAACUGCUACGGUUCAAUGAUGAUGGGCCGCCUCUACCAUUUUCCCCAUCCAGAGUUCGUUGGUUGAAGGUCAUCAAUAAAGUGAGGGUUCAGCUCCGGGAGAUCCAAGAUGAGGAACCCAAUGCCAGACAAGCCUGGGUCAAACCAGGUGGGGGGUCUGGGCUGUACGGGAUUGACAGCAUGCCAGAUCUGCGUAAGAAGAAGCCCAUCCCCUUGGUCAGCGACGUGGCUAUGUCUCUUGUCCAAGCCAGGAAGGCGGGAAUCGCAUCUGCCAUGGCCGCACGGUCCUCCGUCAAGGAUGGGGAGCUGAAGAACCAUGUGUACAAGAAGACCCUGCAGGCUCUCAUCUACCCCAUAUCCUGCACCACGCCACAUAACUUCGAGGUGUGGACCGCCACGACGCCCACAUACUGCUACGAGUGCGAGGGGCUGCUGUGGGGCAUAGCCCGCCAAGGCAUGCGUUGUUCCGAGUGUGGGGUCAAGUGCCACGAGAAGUGCCAAGAGCUGCUGAACGCCGACUGCCUGCAGCGAGCUGCAGAGAAGAGUUCUAAGCAUGGAGCUGAAGACCGAACUCAGAAUAUCAUCAUGGCCAUGAAGGACAGGAUGAAGAUCCGAGAAAGGAACAAGCCGGAAAUCUUUGAACUCAUUAGGGAGGUGUUCAUCGUUAGCAAAGCCACCCACGCGCAGCACAUGAAGACCAUCAAGCAGAGCGUGCUGGACGGCACUUCAAAGUGGUCAGCCAAGAUCACCAUCACAGUUGUUUGCGCCCAGGGACUUCAGGCAAAGGACAAGACAGGAUCCAGUGAUCCAUACGUCACCGUUCAGGUGGGCAAGACCAAGAAGAGAACCAAGACCAUCUAUGGCAACCUCAACCCGGUCUGGGAGGAGAAGUACCACUUCGAGUGCCACAAUUCCUCGGAUCGAAUUAAAGUGCGUGUGUGGGACGAGGAUGAUGACAUAAAGUCAAGGGUGAAGCAGCGCCUGAAGAGGGAGUCCGAUGAUUUCCUGGGCCAGAGUAUAAUCGAAGUGCGAACGCUGAGCGGAGAAAUGGACGUGUGGUACAACCUGGAGAAAAGGACGGACAAGUCGGCCGUGUCGGGGGCCAUUCGCCUCCAAAUCAACGUGGAGAUCAAAGGAGAGGAGAAGGUGGCUCCGUAUCACGUGCAGUACACCUGCCUGCACGAGAACCUGUUCCACCACUCGACUGACAUGCUGGGCCAAGGCGUGGUGAAGAUCCCAGAGGCCCGCGGGGAUGAUGCCUGGAAGGUGUACUACGACGACGUGGCCCAGGACAUCGUGGACGAGUUUGCCAUGCGCUACGGGAUCGAGUCCAUCUACCAGGCGAUGACGCACUUUGCCUGUCUGUCGUCUAAGUACAUGUGUCCCGGGGUUCCCGCCGUGAUGAGCACCCUGCUGGCCAACAUCAAUGCCUUCUACGCCCACACCACCGCCUCCACCAAUGUGUCCGCCUCCGACCGCUUCUCUGCUUCCAAUUUUGGGAAAGAACGCUUUGUCAAGCUUUUAGACCAGCUGCACAACUCCCUGCGCAUCGACCUCUCGACCUACAGGAAUCACUUUCCCGCCAGCAACAAGGAUCGGCUGCAGGAUUUGAAAUCCACCGUGGACCUCCUGACCAGCAUCACUUUCUUCAGAAUGAAGGUCCAGGAGCUGCAGUCUCCGCCGAGAGCCAGCCAAGUGGUAAAGGACUGUGUCAAGGCCUGCCUCAAUUCUACGUACGACUACAUCUUCAACAACUGCCACGAGCUGUACAGCAGACAGUACCAGCCCAUCGACGCGAACAAGGAGGAGCUCCCUUUGGAGGAGCAGGGUCCGAGUACCAAGAACUUGGACUUCUGGCCCAAACUCAUCAUGCUCAUCGUCUCCAUCAUCGAAGAGGACAGGAACUCCUACACACCUGUACUCAACCAGUUCCCCCAAGAGCUGAACGUAGGGAAGGUGUCAGCGGAGGUCAUGUGGACAUUGUUCGCUCAGGACAUGAAGUACGCAAUGGAAGAGCACGAGAAGCUGAGGCUGUGCAAGAGCACCGACUACAUGAACCUGCAUUUCAAAGUCAAGUGGCUCAGCAAUGAAUACGUCAAGGAGCUGCCAAAUUUCAAGGGUGUCGUUCCAGACUACCCGUCAUGGUUCUUGCAGUUUGUGCUGCAGUGGUUGGAGGAGAAUGAAGAUGUAUCCAUGGAGUUUAUGCAUGGAGCCCUCGAAAGAGACAAAAAAGAUGGAUUCCAGCAGACGUCUGAGCACGCUCUGUUCUCCUGCUCUGUUGUGGACAUCUUCACGCAGCUCAACCAGAGCUUUGAGAUCAUCAAGAAGCUGGAAUGCCCCGACCCCAACGUCAUGGCUCAGUACAGUCGCCGCUUCUCCAAGACUAUUACCAAAGUUCUCCUGCAGUACAGCGCCAUACUGACCAAGAGUUUUCCUACCUAUAUCGACAAGGAGAGGAUUCCGUGUGUCCUGUUGAACAAUGUGCAGCAGUUAAGAAUCCAGCUGGAGAAGAUGUUUGAAUCGAUGGGUGCCAAACAGCACAACAAUAGAAUGCUAGCAUGGCAGUUUGAGGAGAGUGAAGAAGAGGAGGAGGAACAUGUAGGGGAAGAUGUUGAGAGAAAUGAGGUUGAGACCGACGAGGAGAAGUUGGAGGCCGCUGAUAAAAAGUUGGAGCCUGCUGGUAAAAAGAUGGACCCAGAGGCCAGUGACUUGCUGAACGACCUGCAGGUGAAGCUGAACAACGUGCUGGACGAGCUCAGCAGGACCUUCGGGAACAGUUUCCAGAACCGCAUCAACGACUGCAUGCGACAGAUGGCGUCGCUCCUGUACCAGAUCAAAGGGCCACUCAAUGACAACAACAAGAACCAGGUGGACGCCGACUCCGAUAACAUGCUGCGGCCACUGAUGGAUUUCCUGGAUGGAAAGCUCACACUGUUCGCCACCGCGUGCGAGAAGACUGUAUUGAAGCGCGUGCUCAAGGAGCUGUGGAGGAUCGUGAUGGGCAGCCUCGAAAAGACCAUCGUUCUGCCACAGGGCAACGACACCUUUGGAGCACAGAUUCUCUCAGCUGCGAAGGAACUGGGCCAGCUCUCCAAACUCAAGGAUCACAUGGCAGGGGAGGCUAAGAGCCUGUCUCCCAGGCAAUGUGCUGUCAUGGACGUGGCACUGGACACUAUCAAGCAAUACUUCCACGCGGGAGGAAACGGGCUUAAGAAGGCGUUCCUGGAGAAGAGCCCUGAGUUGUCGUCGCUACGCCACGCCCUGUCUCUCUACACCCAGAGCACGGACACACUCAUCCAGACCUUUGUGACCACCCAGCAUGCACAAGUGCACGGCGGGAAGGGCAUGAGGCUAACUCAAAGUGAGAAAAUACAGCCCAGCAAGGGUCCGGCCGUGGACAAGCCGAUCGGCGAGGUGUCCGUCCAGAUCGAGCUGCACACUCAUCCCGGGAAAGGGGAACGCAAAGUCGCCGUCAAAGUCAUUGGAGCCAACGACUUGAAGUGGCAGACGUCAGGCAUGUUCCGGCCCUUCGUGGAGGUCACCAUGAUCGGGCCUCACCUCAGCGCCAAGAAGCGGAAAUUCCAGACCAAGUCGAAGAACAAUACCUGGUUUCCUAAGUACAACGAGAGCUUCCAGUUCGCCCUUGGUAACCAGGACGGCUUUGAGUGCUACGAGCUGCAGGUCUGCGUCAAGGACUACUGCUUCGGCCGGGCUGACCGCGUGGUAGGCGUGGCCGUGGUGCAGCUGAGGGACGUCGCGGGGAAGGGCACCUGCGCUUGCUGGUGCCCGCUGGGCCAGCGCAUCCACAUGGACGACACAGGCCUCACGGCCAUGCGCAUCCUGUCGCAGCGCUCCAGCGACGACGUGGCAAAGGAGUUCGUGAGGCUGAAGUCAGAGACUCGCUCAGCCGAGGAGGGCAGAUGAGGGGAGCUGGAGGGAGGAGGGGUUGCGGGGGGGUAAUAGACAGGAAGGACUCACAAUAAGACAAGGGAUGUCAUGUGACAGCGUCUUUUUACCGAAGAUGGCCAGCUGGACUCUUUUCUACGGACCUUUUUGUGUCUUAGCGGCGCCGAAUCGCUUCUAACCUUCACACUCCGGACAUGUCUGGACAACCCCCCCACCCAAAACACACCUUAUCUCGUGAGCUGCCUCUACAAGGCAGUGAGCGUUUACUCUCUUUAUUCCCCGCCUCCUCCACGCCGGACCAAUUACUUGCAGCACUUCACUAGUGUUGUUGUUUUUGUUUUUUUGCAAUAACCCCCCCCAUACACACACAUACACACACACACACACACACACACACAACCGUGACCGUGGGUUUUUAUGCCUUACUAGAAAUGAAUGUGUGAUGUAAAGAAAACGUUCUGUAGUUUGGAUUCUAAAAUAAUUUAGUACGGAGCAUCUCCUUCCUCCCAGGUGAUGAAAUAUCGUUCAUAUCUGCUUUCACAAGAGGUGUCCCAAGAGAAGGGACUCGAACUCUCACCCCUUACUUCAAAGGUUUGGUUAAAUGUGUGCCUUGCCAUGUUGAGUAUGGGACCCGUCCGUGGUCAUGUGACGUCAGCAUGUGAUCCCGUUUAUAAGCUCCACUAGCAGCUCCAAUGUAACCAAGACGGUGCAGCCGUUUUUAUUUAUUCAUUUUAAUACAUAUUUAUUUUUUCCGUGCUUUUUUCAAAGGCGUCAUCCACCUGCCAGGUUGGUGUGAUUCAAGCUGUUUGUUCAACCACAAAGCGCAGACAGUCACAUUCAAAGUGAUGGUGGAGACGACAGCGAUAGUUGUAUUUAUAGAAAUGUAUUUUCAACUUUCAGGUGAUUGUUUUCUUCCAAAAGAACUAAUAAAUUAUAUCUGAACAUGUAGAUUAACUUUGGUUUACAUGACUGCUCAGUCUAUGAGUGGCCUUAUUUACAUUACAUUUCCUUGUUUUUCCUCUUGGCUCUGCAAUGAGGACAUGGCCAGUUGUUGUCCUUUUGUUUGUUUUUUGCCCAUAAUGACGUCCAAUAUGUGAUGUUCUUUAUCAUUUUGUAACUUUUUAUCUUUGACAUUGCCAAAAAAGUUGCAACUGUAUUUUGUGUUGUUUGUGUUCGCUUCCUGUGAAUCCCCCGUGUCCGUCGUGAUAUACAGUGAGAUGUGUCACGUUUAACGGCGGAUGGGUAUUGCUGUGAUAUCAGAACCUGUGUUUGUGUGUGUACGUGUACAUCUUCCUGUAACAAAGGGGAGAGGUCUGUGAAUACAGACGUCUCAUUCUUUGAUUAACACGUUCCUUGUGCCAAGCUACAAAUGUUCACUUUAUUCUUUAUUUCUAUCUUUUCUAAAUGUGUUAACACUUGAACUGCCACCGAAUCACUGCCAUAGUUAACACUACCAGUGUAACUGCAUUUGUGUUUUUUUUCUCUGUAUUGAAAUGUUGUCACCAUGUGAGCAUUCUCAUUCAUGAAUUUUGUAUAAAGUAUCUAUAAACGUAUUCACCUGUUUA